UUCUUUCUCUGGCAGCACUCAGUUUUUUUGGCAGGAGUGACCAGAAUAAAAACAGCAACACCAGACAUAGAAGAGAAAAAAGUGCAAUGAUCCAUCGAACCAAAGGCUUUGCCCUUUCCUAAUUACGUCGUGUCCAGUAUCAUUUUCUUUUUUCCUCCCCUCUUCAUUUUUUUGAGACAUUUUUGAAGUGGUAAUUAGCUCUUGGUGAAUAAAACCAGCUGAUUCGGGGAGGGCCAGUGCAUUUUGGGGCGAGAUGGCUAACAGGAGGGUUGCGUUGCUCCUUCUCGGAUUCUUCCUCACCAUACAGCUGAGUCCUUCGCAGCAAGGAGGAGUGUAUGUGCCACCGGGUUCAGCUGGAGCCGGACUAGGAGGUGCUGGAUUGCUACCAGGUGCUGGACUUUACCCAGGUGCUGGGACAUCCCAAUACAAAGCAGCAAAAGCAGCAGCAGGAGGAUAUGGAGGUGCUGCUGGGACAGGAGCUUUAGGGGCUGGAGGUUAUGGAGCUGGCGGUUAUGGGGCUUAUGGUGCAUAUGGUGGUGCUGGAAGAUUUUACCCAGUGGCUGGAGGUCUGAAACCGGCUAAACCAGGUGCUGGGCUACCUGGAGGAGGUCUUCCUGGAGGAGGUCUUCCUGGAGGAGGUCUGCCUGGAGGUGCUGGUGGAAAGCCUGCUAAAGGAGGGCCAGGUGUAGGAGGAACUGGAACUGGUCCUGGUUCUAGCCUCCCAGGCCUUGUCAUUCCUCAGACCGGUGUGCAAGGACUGGGCCCUGGUGGGGUUGGACCUGGGGGAAAAGCCGCAAAGCCCGGAAAAGCUCCAGUGCCGGGAGUGGGAGUGCCUGGACCGUAUCAAGGAGGACUUGUUCCUGGACAAGGCUUCAAUGGGCGGGGUGUUCUUCCUGGUGUAGCCACAGGAACUGGACUCAAACCUAAAUCAGCUGCGGGUGGAGGGCAGGGUCUGGUACCAGGUGGUGGUGGGCGUGGAUACGGACCACUGCAACAAGGAGUAUUUCAUGGAUACCCUCUCAAAUCUCCCAAAGCCCCAGGUGCUGGGUUACCCUACACUGGUGGUAAACUUCCAUACGGUUAUGGUGGUUUUGGUGGAGGUGCUGGACUCCCUGGUGGGAAAGGAGGAGCUGGCUCCAAGCCCGGUUAUCCAACAGGGACUGGUGUGGGGACUUUAGGGAUCUCUGCUGCACAGGCCAAAGCUGCUAAAUAUGGCACUGGAGCUGGUUUAGGUGGGGCCGGAGCUUUUCCGGGUGGUGCUGGACUUUACCCUGGUCUAGGAGCUGGUUUAGGUGGUGUUGGAGCAGGUGGUGCUGGUGGAGUUUAUCCAGGGGCAGGAGGUGCGGGUUUUCUUACCCCAGCGCAAGCUAAAGCAGCUAAAUAUGGUGCUGGUCCUGGUGGUACUGGUAUUGGUGGUGUACCAGGCGCAGGUGGACUCUUUCCAGGAGCAGGGGGUCCUGGUGCGCUCUCUCCUGCUCAGGCAAAAGCUGCUAAAUACGGUGCAGGAGUAGUUCCUGGUGGGGCUAGGAUUGGUCCUGGUGGUGCUGGGAUUGUGCCAGGAGCUGGAGCAGUUUAUCCUGCCACGGGAGGUCUUACUCUUGCUCAAGCCAAAGCAGCUAAAUACGGUUUGGGUGGGGCAGCUGGAACUGGUGUUGUUCCUGGUGUUGGAGGACUAUACCCUGGAGCUGGAGGUGCACCAGUUGGUGGAGUAGUGGGGGGAGCCGGGGGAAUUCCUGGAACAGCACCAGGGGCUGGAGUGUAUCCAGGUGGAGUGAAGCCUCCUAAAUAUGGAGGAGCAGGAGGGGCUGGUGUUGUCCCAGGCUAUGGUUCUGUUGCUGGGUUCGGAGGAGUUCCUGGAGCUGUGCCUGGGGCUGCAGGGCUAGGAGCUGGUGCCAAACCUCCUAAAUACGGAGUGCCUGGAGGAACAGGCUUGGGGGUCCCUGGAGGAGUACCAGGAGGAGUUCCAGGAGGAGUUCCAGGAGGAGUACCAGGAGGAGUACCAAUAACUGGAGCAGGAGGAUACCCUGCUGGUGCCAAGGCUCUAAAAUAUGGUUUGGGUGCUGUUGGUGGUUUACCAGGUGGGACUGGUUUUGUGCCUGGAAUAGGUUUGGGUGGAGCUGGUGGAGUCCCAGGUGGAGUUGGAAUAGGAACUGGAUAUGGAGGAUAUGGGACUGGGGCAAAACCACCUAAAUACGGUGUUCCAGGUGGAGUACCAGGUGGAGUACCAGGAGGAGUACCAGGAGGAGUACCAGGAGGAGUACCAGGAGGAGUACCAGGGUAUCCAGCAGGAGUUAAACCUCCGAAAUAUGGAGUUGCGGGAGGUGUAGGUACAGUACCUGGUGCAGCAGGAGCACCACUGCCUGGAACUGGGACGGGACUGAUACCAGGAGUCGGGGUUGGAGGAUAUCCUGGUGGAGUCAAACCUCCUAAAACUGGGGCUGGGAUCACUGGAACUGGAAUAGCAGCUCCUGGAGCAACACCUGGUGGUGAUGUGGUGGUCGUACCAGGUGGCACUGGCAUCGGUGUUCCUGCUGGUACUGGUCUGCCCAUUGCACCAAGUGGAAAACCAGCAAAGCUUCCAACGCUGGCUCCUGCAGGGACUGCUGUACCGGGACCGACGGCUAUUGUAGCAACUGGCAAGGUCCCUGAGCCCAGUGGUGCGCAAAGAGUGCCUAGUGCUGGUGUUUCUAAACAUGGAGCUGGACCUGGUGGGGUAUACCCAUAUGGAUAUGGCCCAUUUCCUGGUAGCACUGGAUCAGCUGGAAUUGGAACUGGAGUGUUACCUGGAGCCAAACCUCUGAAAGCCCCUGGCGUUGGAGGAGCAGGUGGUGUCGCAGGUGUAGGGGGAGUUGGAGGGGUAGGACUCAUACCUGGAGCAGGUGGAGGGUAUCCAGCAGGUGUUGGUGUGGGAUCUGGUGGUGUUGGAGCUGGUGCUAAACCACCUAAACCAGGCUACGGCUCUUUGGGUACAGGAUACGCAUAUCCAGGUGGUGUAGCUCCAGGAGGAUAUGGAGGAUAUCCACAAGCAUAUCCAGGGGGAUAUGGAGCAGGACUGUCACCACAACAAGCCAAAGCAGCCAAAUAUGGAGGUGGACUGACAGGAUUCCUGGGAGCAGGUUAUCGAGGUGGAGCCGGCUGCCAAGGAAAAUACUGCGGGAGAAGGAGAAAGUAAAGGAUCUCUUGAGAUGUGAAGUGACCUCAAGAAACAUGGUGCUACUGCAUGCUCUAGAAUGUACUUUUGAUACUCAAACAAACAAUCCCAACAUGCACAAGUGUUAUGUUUUGUACUGAUAAUAAGUAUUUGUAACAAAUCCAAAUGCAGAUCCCCAAACCGUCUAGUGUUUUGUGAAAAUUCCAAUUCUAAUGGCACAUUCCAUCACGUUACUGUUUCCUAGUGUAGGGUUGAUUAGCUGGCAAUGCUGUUGUGUAACUGUAAACGUUUUAACCACCGACCUCUUAUUCGUGGACGUUUCUGAGACCAUCCGAAGCUCUUUUGCUCAGUCGCAGUCACGAUCUGGCGCUCUAGACUCUUUCAUAUCUUCCAGCGUCCUCGCCGACUCGUGAGUGAAAGCGUCCUGUCAUUCUGUCAUUCUGCUGAUUAAACUCUGGGUUGAAAUACUUCACAUCUGGCUGUGCUUCAGCUCAUGGGUUUGCCUGUUAUUUUGACCCUUCAGCAGCUUUCUGUGCAGAUGGGCCUUACGAUUACAGUGCUUUAUGGGUGACUCUCACACACACAAAAAGAAAUUAUAUUUUGCAUAAAGAAAAUUAAGCCUGUUUUAGGAGCACAGAUUCUGUUUCAAUUAAUCACAUUUUCCACCAAAAUUCUAAUGCUUUUGGUGCUUUUACUUUUUUCCUUUCUUAUUAUUUGUAAUAAUGAAUUAUUCUCAUUACUGUAAUACAAAAAAAGUGUUUUAUUUAAAGGCAGUAAUACUUUCAUGAUGUAUAAAUACGUUUAUAGUGAAUUUAUUUCUAACAUUAUUUUCAUUUUCUUCAUGAAAAUAUAAUUUCCUUUUAUUUCCUGCGAUGAAACGUGACCCGUGACAUGUUUUGUGAGACUCACCCCCUCUAGAUGAUUUAGGCUUUCAUGAAGCAUCAGUGAGUGUCUUCAAUUCGAAUCUGAUCUCCUGAUUUGAGAUGCUUGAAAAACAGGCCGCAAUAAUAUGCCUGCAAAUGCGUAUUGUGGAUGGCAGAACGUCUGACAGCGACAGCAUGUGGCUCAAUUGCAGCAUUCAUUCUUGCAUAUUGUGUGAAGUAUGAAGAGCUUUGCUCCGAUUAUGCUGAGAGUAGAAGUGAAAGACAGCUUAUGUCUAAUAUCAAUCAUCUGUUUUGGUAUCUAUCCGGUAAAGGGAACAAACUGAAAGUAACUCUGUAAAAUAGUAAUCAUAGUUCUGACUUGUACAUUAUGUAUGUUUAAACCUGGAAGAUUAAAAGAUGUGCUUAUGUUUUUCCCUGGACCUGGGGACUGCAGGUGCUUCCAUCAUUUGACCAAGAAUGUGUUUCUUUAUCGCUGUGUAUUCACAUAGAAUUAGUUUAUAUAUACAUAUAAAAUAUAUAUAUGUAUAUCAUACGCUUACCGUAGGUUGGAUCAUGUAACAACAGGUUCAUUUGCCUUAUGUUGUUUGUUUUGUACCAUUUGAACUUGACAUGUUGACCAAUUAUCGAGUUUGUACACAUCAUAUGACAAUAACUUCUUUGUUUUAAAUAGCUUCUGCAAUGUAGUCACUGUGGAACUUGCAAAACUGUGUGUGAUAUUUUAAGAUGUGUGUUUGUGUGUGUGUGUGUGUAGGUGAUGUUUGUAAAUCUCCUCAAUGUGUGCGUGCGUGCGUGUGUCCCGAAAGCCUCACUAGCCAAUGUAUUAUCAAACAUAUAAUGUGUCAGUUUUUGCUAUACUUGGUUGAUACUGUUUUUCGAUCCAUCUGGAGAGACACUUUAUCAUGUAUUAAUGUACCUGGUGCUGUAUUUGACCUGCCUGUGAGCCCUACCAGGUCUUCUCUAUUGUGCCGUGGGAUUUCCAUCUUAUUUAAUUAAAGGGGCGGGGCUGUUGCACUUUUUCCACAACCUAUAUUCUGACUAGUUCCCGGAAAUCCCGGCAUUUUACCUGCUCUAGUGAAAAAUUAAAUAAAAUAUUUUAAAUAAUUAAAAACUGCGUUCU